ACUCUGGAAAGGUUUCGACGCUUUCAGAGGGACGUCUCCUUAAACCUUCCCCCCACACGCCCGUGUAAACCCUAGCUGAGCUCCACGCAAAACCCUCCGGCGAGAUAUAUGUUUUGUGCGGGAGACAUGCACUUGAGCUUGGCGACCGGCGUCAGCAUGAACCCGACCAAGCAGGCUUCCUUUUCCUUGGGGGAAUUCGGGGACAAGCGGCUCAAGAAGCGGCGCAACGGCUGCGACUCCGUCCAGGACACGCUCGCCAGGUGGAAGGACUACAACAGCAGCCAGGUCGGCGUCAGGGAAGAGGAUGGCGGCCGAGGAGGAGGUGCUGCUGUCAAGGCGGCGCGCAGGGUGCCGGCGAAGGGCUCGAAGAAAGGCUGCAUGCGGGGGAAAGGCGGGCCCGAUAACUCGGUUUGCAGCUUCAGGGGCGUGAGGCAGAGGACUUGGGGCAAGUGGGUCGCGGAGAUUCGGGAGCCCAUCGACAAGAGGUCCGGAGCGGGUCAGGGCAAAGCCAGCAGGCUCUGGCUCGGGACUUUCGCGACCGCGUUCGAUGCUGCUCUUGCUUACGAUAAGGCCGCGCGGGCCAUGUAUGGUCCUCUGGCGCGAGUGAAUUUCCCCGGGAAUUGGGCUUCUUCGACGCAGUGUCGCAGUGAUUCGUCCGCCAGGAGUGCGUUGUCCUCGGUUGAGAAUACCGCCACGUCGAGGGAGGUCGAUGUAGGUGCCUUUGAUCCUUCCAGGGUUUUCGUGGUUGAUAGCUCAAGUUUACAACGUGAUCAUGUCAAAGAAAGUAUGAGGACCGAGUGCAAUUUCCUGCGUCAAGCUGAAGCUCCCAACCCAACAAGAACAGAGGAAAACAGAGGAACGGCGUCACAAACAGUGGAACGUAAAGUAGAAAGACAUGCGGAUGGGCGUGAAUCAGUGUUCCAUGGACGAAAUCUGAGACCGGAAUCUGCGAUUUCUGCUCGUGAUAUUGUAUUUAUCGCAACUGGAGAAAAUUCCUAUUCACAGGACAAAAGCAGAUGUUCACAUGAUCGUCGCGAUAAUUGCAAUUGUCCUGAAUCUGUGCAGAGCAACGAGGCUGUGGCCAAUGGAACUUCUAUUGAAAUUGAAACUCUGAUGAGCAUGGGAGCCGACAUAGAUGAAGAAUUGCUAACACUGUUGGAACUUGCCAACCAUAACUGUACUGGAUUCGAAUACAAUGCCCAGGUCGAUUCGAUAAUGUACCCUGUCAGGUCGGAAGUCAAUCCUGGAACUUGGUCCGAGAACUUGAAGGAUCUUAGAACGGAUACGAUGAAGCAACAAGUGAACGAUGAAGUAGCGAGGAGUAUGUCAUGUGAUAGAAUUGAUGGUAAUUUUGAAGGAAUAUGUAAUGAAUCGCAUUGUCAACCCAUGUAUACGAGCCCAAAUGGUAAUACCAACUUCCGAGCUUUGAUUCCUGAGGUUGACAUACCCAUGAGCAUGGCAAAGUUACAGGAAACUCCAACGGAUAAUGCUACAAACUAUAGUGGCCGUCCCAGUUUUACUUUCUCGAAAGCGGAGGCACGAAAUCUACAUUCUCCCCAGGAGAUGAUUAGCACGAGGACGUCGGACUUGAGAAGACACCCUUUCGAGCACGUCGCGGUCCACCCGGGAUUUCGGAUGCCAGCCAACGGGCGCUGCAGGAUGCAGGAGAUGAACAAGACGACGAGCGCGAGCUCGUAUCCAAUGCAAGAGACUGAAGGACUUGGCCACAGCUUUGAUUCCCUGAAGCCUGAUUAUGACUUUGGGCUGUCAGAAGAGCAGAGCUUGCUCAACAUGUGGUUCCCUGAUUGAAGUUCUUCAACUUUAGUUUUGGAAAGAAAGAAACAAAGAAAAACAUUAAAUUAUCCUCAGGACAUUUCUGAGCUAGGGGGAUAGGUUGAUAUUGAUAGCUAUUAGCUACGUCGUAUCAUGUCUUCUUGUAUAUUGAUAUUAAUGAGAGUUGUGAUGGAAUUUGUUUAGUUCCUUUUUCCUUCA